CAGCUGUCAAACGUCAGUUUUUGCUGUUUGCUUGCGAGAACGGUUCGCGUAGAGUAGUUAUCGAGGAAUUAUUGAAGCCAUCUAGCUAUAGUGUUCGAUCCUAACGGCGAAACUCCGUGCCUCGGAAGACAGUGUACAAUGAUUCUACAAUUUCUCACGUACAAAUUUUUGUACCAGUGAUCAGAAAAUCAGGGCUAGAAAUAGUGUUUCUUAGUGCGUGGUGAUAUAUUUCUAUUGGAUAGAUGUUAUUUACGUAAGAUGUGAAGAAGCAGUUUCAGAAAAAUGCGGUUUUUUUGUCGUGACGUUGCGAAACUGGUUUUAAAAUUUUUGUGUACACAAUCUACAUAUCUCCCGAAUAGUGCCGUGCUGCGCCAGUUCCCGUGAGGCAGCUACUGUCGACGGAGUGCCAUAGAUCCGAAGGAGCAGCCUUCGUGCUUAUUCUACCCCCACCCUCUGACACGUGCUCGAAUUUCAAAUGUUAUCCAAGGGAAUCCGGAAUCAGUACUUUGCAACAAUAUGUGCAAACCUCGCGACACUGAUUUACGGAUUGUCCGUCGGGUGGCUGUCCCCGAACUUGGAGCUGCUGCUGUCCAGUGCCACACCGCUCAGUUCCGGUCCGAUCAACGCUUCCGAAGCUGGCUGGAUCGGCUCGAUCGGCACGGUGGGAUGCGUCCUCGCUGUGCUCAUCUGCGGAUGGGUGGCCGAAAUCGCCGGCCGGAAAGCCGCCCUCAUGCUGAUUGGUGUGACGCAGUUGGCCAGCUGGGUCAUGGUGAUCUUUGCCUCUAACCUAAACAUGAUCUACACGUUUAGGAUUUUGGGCGGUUUCGCCGGAGGAGGCACGCUCUCCGUUAUUCCUCUAUUCGUGUCAGAAAUCUCGGAGGAUAAAAUUCGUGGAAGCCUGGGAGCUGUUUUAUCCAUCACUUGCAAUAUAGGCAUAUUGUUAGGUUUUAUCCUAUGUUACUAUUUAGAUUACUAUACAGUCACUUACAUAGCGUUAACGUGCUGCAUUUUAUACUCCAUUGGGUGUAUGUUCCUACCUGAAUCUCCGCAAUAUUUGUUUACGAAGGAAAAGAAAGAUCGAGCGAUCAAGUCGCUGCGCUUCUACAGAGGAGAAGCCGAUAACGAGUCAUCUAAAUUUAUCUCGGAGGUUGCCAGAUUCAAGGAGAUGCGCAACAACGCCCCGAAGGACUCAACCAGAAGAGUGCAAUUACAUAUUAAAGAUUUGUUGAAUAAAUCAACACUGAAAGGCAUUUUAAUUUGUGUCAUAGUGAUGAUGUUCCAUCCGAUGUCCGGGUCGGUACCGCUCAUCACCUUUACCGAUAGCAUUUUCCGCGAGUCAGGUUCGGACCUUCCGCCGGCCACUUGCGCCAUGAUCGUGGCCGCCAUCCAGCUGGUCGGUUCGUACGUGUCCUCGGUGACGGUGGACAACGUCGGCCGGAAGGUGCUUCUCAUUACCUCAGCGCUGGGCUGUGCAAUUUGCUCCGCUACGAUGGGAACCUAUACAUUCCUGAACGUGAGCGGGGUCGACCUGAGCUACUUCAAGUGGAUCCCGGUGACCACCCUGUCCGGUCUGGUGUUCAUCACCGCGAUCGGUAUCGCCAUAGUGCCGUUUAUCAUCAUGCCGGAAGUCCUGGAACCGCGGGUGCGCGGAUUCGUCAUGACUUGGUGUUUGCUCGAGUUUCACGCGCUCGCCUUCCUAGUGGUGAAGUUUUUCCCAACCGUGGUCGCGAAGCUCGGUCUCCACGCGGUCAUGUGGUUCUUCUCGUGCUGCUGCGUCGCGUCGGCACUCUUUGUGAUAUUCUAUGUGCCAGAAACAAAAGGUAAGAGCUUUGAAGAAAUCACCGAGUCGCUGGACUCUGAGAAGAAAGCAGUACCAAAGCAGAGCACCUUGGACGUUUAAAUGUGCUAUACAAAUCGAGUCAAAACAACAUACAAAACAAUAACGAACAAAAAGGUUACAACAUAAUGCUGUAAAAUAUACAAUAAACAAAACGGCAACUACGCGCAUGACAAGUUCAAAUGCUAGGUUAAAAUUGUUUUAAGCUUUAAUUUUUAUGUGUAAAAUUUAUUACGUUAAUAAAUGUAAGUCAUUUUUA